CAGCUACGCAUGUAACAUGGAGUACAAUAGAAUCAGUAAUUAGCAUCUAGCAGUAGAUUUCAAACAUUUAAACUACGUAAAAGACUGAGCAAAAACAACACAUUUUUUUAGACGAAAUUUAACUCGAGAACGAAAGUAUGGUCCGAAAUAUUUUCAAAUCGCCCUGGCUUGGCCAGAAUCAAGCUUAGACUGGAUCAUACAUUAAAAAUUGAUCCUGACCCGGUCGAAAUAGCAAAGCUUGACUUCUCAGACAAAGACAUUCAACGUAAACUGUUCGAUGAUUUUCUAAGCGUUCAAGCCAACGGUUUAAAUCUUACCCUGUGCAUGAGCGUGGUAACUGGUUUGGCUGACUUUUUCGAAGACGAAAUAUACCCCAUACCACUGCCGAUGGUGGUUUCCUUAAAAAAUAUAGCGUUACAUUUGAACGAAGAUAGGCCUCCAACGAAUAUAACUUCGCCUGGACCUAUUCCCAUCGACCUAAAUAUAACUGAAUUGUUUAUUAAAAGAAACGAAGAUGGUGUGUUCCACAUCGAACCAAUGAAAAUUAACAAGGAAAACGAAAAUGCUUCAAUAAGUAAUGAAGUCGAAUCUCUUCGAUCGAUAGUGCAAGAGUUACAAUUAGAAAACAAGGACUUAAGACGUCAUAUGGAAACGUUCGAGCAAGUAUCAAAAGAAAAUAUGGAUCUACAUAGAUAUAAAGAAGAAUAUGAAAGCAUGCGUCAUGCCCUUAUUAUGGCCGAAAGCAAAGUAACGGAGAUGGACGAAAAGUAUACAAAGUUGUUAGCGUUUAUAAGUCCGGAAUGUUCCCAGUGUGACGGAAACAGAUAGCAAUGUUGCUUCCGGUGUACCUUUUGCUGUUAUAACAGAAAGAUUUCUUAGGUCGACAGUCCCUAGUCUUUUAAGUACAGUAGAAAGGAACCGCUUUACGAAGUUUAUA